AACUUCAAAACCUCAAAACAAAAAAUUUCAUUUUAACCCACGUGUGGAAGAAUAGAACUUUAUUUGCAAUUUUUCAUUUUAUUUUUACAAUUUUACGGAGAAAAUAAAUUCACUUCAAAAUGAAAGAAGACGAUGGGGGAGUUGAUAAGAAAAAAUCCCAUCGAGUCCGACAAUCCGGAGUCAAAGCCGAGAAAAAGAAACUAAAGAAAAGCCCAAAAGAAAAAGAAGAAAACCUCACUGCCCGUCAGAGGAAUCCCAAGGCGUUUGCAAUCAACUCGACAAUACGCGCUGAGCGAAAUUUCCGUCGCAAAGAAGAUCUCACAGCCAAAAAACAACAUAUCCCCUUAGUUGAUCAGACGCCAGAAGAACCUCCGCCAGUUCUUAUCGCAGUGGUUGGCCCUCCCAAAGUGGGUAAGACAACUUUGAUCAAUAAUUUGAUUAAGAACUUUACACGGACAAAUGUGACCGAAAUCAAUGGACCCAUUACGAUUGUGACAUCAAAGAAGCGACGCAUCACUCUCAUAGAAUGCAACAACGACAUCAAUUCUAUGAUUGACAUUGCUAAGUGUGCCGAUCUAGUGUUGCUUCUCUGCGACGCCAGUUAUGGAUUCGAAAUGGAAAUUUUCGAGUUCCUCAACAUCUGCCAGGUGCACGGAAUGCCCAAGAUCAUGGGAGUGCUCACUCACUUGGACAUGAUAAAGAAUCCCAAGCAAUUGCGGAAACGAAAGAAGGAACUGAAACAUCGUUUCUGGACGGAAGUCUAUGACGGAGCCAAGUUGUUCUAUCUUUCGGGGCUAAUCCAUGGCGAGUACCUGCGCAAUGAAAUCACAAAUCUGGGCAGAUUCAUUUCGGUCAUGAAAUUCCGUCCGCUUUCGUGGCGUGGAGCUCACAGCUACCUCCUCGUCGAUCGUGUGGAGGACAUAACAAACACUGAACUUAUUCGACAGAAUGCCAAAUGCGACCGGGAUGUCAUCCUCUAUGGGUAUGUCAGAGGCGUUCCGAUGAAGCAGGAAUUCAUGGUGCAUAUUGCGGGGUUGGGAGAUGCCCGGUUGAAUGAGCUAAGCAGCAUUGCAGAUCCCUGCCCGUUGCCAGGCACUGAGAAAAAGAGAAGUCUGCUCGAGAAGGAGCGAUUGCUCUACGCUCCAAUGUCAGGAGUUGGUGGCAUUGUCUAUGACAAAGAUGCUGUGUAUAUUGAGUUGCAGGGAUCCCACAGCCAUCACAAGGACAAAGGACCCGAUGCUGCAGAGCAGGAAGACUUGGUAGGCAAACUCGUGGAUAAAAAACAAACCAUGGACUACCAGAUUGAAGAGCAGGAAUUCCGAUUGUUCUCUGAUGGUAGUGCUAUCAAGUCAAAGGACUUCAAAGAAGACCCGAUCGAAGAGAGGAAUGAGGACGAUAAUGGGGAAGAUGAUGAAGAAAGUGAGGAUUCAGGAAUGGAGGAUGAGAAUGACGAGAGCGAUGAUGGAGGUGAUCUAGGAUGGAAAGCCGAAAGUGAGGACGAGCAGGAGAAUAAUGAAGCAGACUCCUCGGAUGAGGAGUAUCAGGAUGUUAAACAUAGAUCCAAUGAAGAAGAUGAUGACAGUGAUGAAGAGGAAGAAGAAGACGAUGAUGAAGAAGAUGACGUUAUUGCCAGUGGUAUGAGCUGGAAGGACAAUUUGGCUCAGAAGGCAAGAGAAGCAUAUUUAGAACGACAAUCCGAGGGAAAGAGUCUCAUGAAGUUGGUCUACGGAAUAUACAACAAUUCAGAAAAGAAGAAACAGAAAGAAAAAGAUGACGAAACGGAGGAAGAAUCUGAUGAUGAACUUGGUGGUCUCUUUAAAGUUGCUGCGAAAAAACAAUCAGAACUGCAGAGGGAAAAGGACAUCAAGGAUCAAGACGAAUCCUGCUUAUUUGAGCAAUAUUCAGGUAAAACCCUCAACUGGAUUGAAGAAUCCAACAAAGAGCUCAUCAAGAACUGCUUCGUGACUGGUCAGUGGAAGGCGUCAGAAGAUGCCGAAAACCUACUCAGACUCGAUGAUAUGAGUGAUGAUGGUGAGCUGUAUGGGGACUAUGAAGAUUUAGAGACUGGAAAGAAGCAUUCGGGUAAGAAGGAAGAGUCCUCGGAAGCAGCAGCCGGUGAAGAAGACGCCAACGAAUCGGAGAGCUCUAGAAAACGCAAAAUGACCCGUGUCGAGGAGGAAAAUCUAACCAAAGCCGAACUCAUGGCAAAGAAGAUGAAACUCAAGGCGAAAUUCGACUCGGAAUACGAUAACAAGGGCGAGGAAGAGACUCGCAUAACCGGUGAUCACUCCUACUACGAAGAGCUGAAAGCCAAAGCCCAACAACAGUCCGAGUUGAAUAAGAGCGAGUUCGCCGGUCUGGACUCCGAUUUGAGAGUACAAAUCGAAGGUUUUCGCCCUGGCAUGUACGUUCGCUUGGGUUUCAAGAAUAUUCCAGCCGAAUUCAUCGAGAAUUUCGACCCGAAAUACCCGGUUCUGGUUGGUGGUCUGAAUAUGGCCGAGGAGAAUAUUGGCUUCGUCAAUUGCAAGGUCAAGAAACACAGGUGGUAUAAGAAAAUCCUCAAGACCGGGGAUCCUCUUAUUCUCUCGAUGGGUUGGCGACGGUUUCAGACCGUUCCCAUCUACGCCAAGGUCGAGGAUAACUUCAGACACAGGUAUCUGAAAUACACACCGAAUCAUGUCACCUGCGGAAUGACUUUCUGGGGUCCCAUAACCCCCCAGAACACUGGCUUCCUAGCCCUGCAGUCAGUUAGUCACAAUCAAGAGGAAAUAAAGAGAAUCGGGUUCAGAAUAGCUGCGACUGGUUGCGUCACGGAACUGGACAAAUCUGCGCAGAUUAUGAAAAAGCUGAAGCUUGUCGGUCAUCCUUUCAAAAUCUACAAGAAGACUGCCUUCGUUAAGGGCAUGUUCAACACCACCCUGGAGGUUGCCAAAUUCGAAGGGGCCAAAAUUAAGACAGUGUCGGGUAUUCGAGGUCAAAUUAAGAAGUCACAUCACUCUCCGGAGGGAUCUUUCCGUGCCACAUUCGAAGACAAAAUACUCCUCAGUGAUAUCGUGUUUUGUCGAACGUGGUUCCGCGUCGACGUGCCCAGAUUCUACGCUCCCGUCACGACUCUGCUGCUAUCUCCGGAGAAAAAGCUCCACUGGCAAGGAAUGAAGACCCUGGGACAGCUGAAGCGGGAGAACAACAUCAAAAAUGAAGCCACCUCAGACAGUCUCUAUACGGAAAUCAAGCGAACGCCGAAGAUAUUCAAACCGCUGACCAUUCCCAAAGCUCUGCAACGUGCACUCCCGUACAAGGACAAACCAAAACACGCCCCACUCAAUCCCAAAAACUCCGUGGAAAAAGACCGUGUGGCUGUGGUCCUAUCGCCGCAUGAGCAAAAGGUUGCCAAGAUGAUGAAGAUGAUCGAGACCAACUACACCGAUAAGAAGAAGCGCGAGAAAAUUGAAACCCAACAACGGUUGAAGAAUUUCAAAAUUCAAAAACGGGCCGACGAAACAAGAAAACUUAAACGACAGAAAGAACUUCGCAAAAAGGUUUCCCGCGCGCUCAGUAAAAUGAAAGGAAAGUCCAAGGAUUAAGAGGAGGAGGUUUUUUAGAAUCUAGGUUUAAGAUGUGUCUAAAAAAAAGGAAAUACAGUUAUUUCUAGUUACAUUUAUUUCAAAUGUAUA